AUGGAGUUUACUGGGGAUGUUGGGAUCAGCAUCAGGCUUUUUGCUGAAGGGGGUGACGAGUUGAGUGUAGCACCUAUAAUUUUAUCUACAAAGACAACUGAACACCAACUGCAGGUUUUGUGCAAUCAACUACUGGAAAAUUCUGAUGAGCCAAUACCAAUAACCUUUCGCACAAAAGAUGGGAUUGAGAUUCAUGACUCCAUAAGUGAGUCUAUUCCGGAAGAGAAGCUUGAUUUUGAGAGAGGCAUCGAACUGGUUUAUUAUCCAGAGGCUGUGUUUCGUGUAAAUCCAGUAACCAGAUGUACAGCUUCAAUUCCUGGUCAUGGCGAACCUGUUAUUAGUGUGCAAUUUAGCCCCAACGCCAAUGGCUUAGCAAGUGGAUCAGGAGAUACCACUGUUCGCUUAUGGGAUCUUAACACCGAGUUGCCUCUUUUCACUUGUAAAGGUCAUAAAAACUGGGUGCUUUGCAUCGCAUGGUCUCCUGACGGGAAAAAGUUAGCUUCUGCUUGUAAAGAUGGCAUUAUUUGUCUAUGGCGCCCAGAAAACGGAAAACAGAUUGGAAAAAACUUAAGUGGGCAUAAACAGUGGAUUAAUCAGCUUGCAUGGCAACCACUUCACAAGGAUCCAGUUUCAAGAUAUUUGGCAAGUGCUGGGAAGGACGGAGUAAUAAAGAUUUGGGACACUGUAAAUUUUUGUGCCAAGCUUAGUUUGACUGGACAUACUGCGUCUGUUACUUGUAUACGUUGGGGCGGAGAGGGUUUGAUCUACUCGGGUUCUCAGGAUAGAACGGUUAAAGUAUGGAGGGCAGAAGAUGGUAUCCUCUGUCGGACCCUGACUGGGCAUGCUCAUUGGAUCAAUUCGCUUGCAUUAAAUUUUGAAUACGUGUUAAGAACUGGAUGUUAUGAUUUAAAAAACAAUUGCAAAGCUCCAACAAACCUUGAAGAAGCAAUCACUUUAGCCAGAAAAAGGUAUGAGGCCGCCAAAGGCUCAAGUCCGGAGUUAUUAGCUUCUGCUUCUGAUGACUUUACAUUGUAUUUGUGGAGACCUACUAGUGACAGGAAGCCAAUCGCCCGGAUGACAGGUCAUCAGCAGUUGGUUAAUCAGGUAGCCUUUUCCCCCGAUGGAAGAAUUAUUGCUUCCGCAUCGUUUGAUAAAUCUGUAAAACUUUGGUGUGGUCUUACUGGAAAAUAUCUUGAUACACUUAGAGGUCAUGUUCAAGCAGUUUAUCAAAUAGCUUGGUCUGCAGAUAGCAGGUUGUUAGUGUCUGCAUCUCGAGAUUCAACCCUGAAGGUUGGCGCGAUAAAUUUCUUUUAUUUAAGAUCAAUGAAGAAUGUCUUUAAAAUGAAUUAUCUUUGUUAUUCAACAACAGCACAGGUGUGGGAUGUUAAGAAACGGAAGCUUUCUGUCGACCUCCCGGGUCACGGUGAUGAAGUUUAUGCAGUCGAUUGGAGCCCAGACGGCAUAAAAGUUGCCAGUGGUGGGAAAGAUAAAGUUUUGAAACUAUGGCGUGAGUAG